UCCCGCCGGGCCUGGAAUUGGGUUUGGGGCGGGUUCUGCUUCCGAAGUCACCUCCUCCGACAGGCCAGGCGGGCGAGGGCUCAUCCUCCUCCUCCGCCCUGAGUUCGUAUUUUCCGAGGCUCCAGGCAGUAUUUGGCUAGCUUGCUGCCCUGUGGGUCAGCCAGCACCACGGAGUCCCAGGAGGAACCCUCUGCAAAGGGAAGGCCCCGGAGGACCAGGACAGCUGCAGGCCUUUUCCUGGUAGGGGUACUGGCCAAUUAUCUCUAAGCAGAAGUCCAGGCUCCCCAGGUCUGAAGAUGGCUGGAAACUGCUCCUGGGAAGCCCAUUCCACCAACCAGAACAAGAUGUGUCCCAGCAUGAGCGAGGCUCCCGAACUCUACAGCAGAGGGUUCCUGACCAUCGAGCAGAUCGCCGUGCUGCCGCCACCAGCCGUCACGAACUACAUCUUCCUGCUGCUCUGCUUGUGUGGCCUAGUGGGCAAUGGGCUGGUCCUCUGGUUUUUUGGCUUCUCCAUCAAGAGGACGCCCUUCUCCAUCUACUUCCUGCACCUGGCCAGUGCAGAUGGCAUCUACCUCUUCAGCAAGGCCGUAUUCUCCCUCCUGAACACUGGGGGUUUCCUGGGCACCUUCGCCGACUACGUGCGCAGGGUGUCCCGGAUCCUGGGGCUCUGCACGUUUGUCGCCGGUGUGAGCCUCCUGCCAGCCAUCAGCAUAGAGCGCUGUGUGUCCGUCAUCUUUCCUGCCUGGUACUGGCGCAGGCGACCCAAGCGUCUGUCCGCUGUAGUCUGCGCCCUGCUGUGGCUGCUGUCUCUUCUGAUCACAGGCAUCCACAACUAUUUCUGUGUGUUCCUGGGCCGGCAGGCCUUGGGGACAGCCUGUCAGCACAUGGACAUCUCCCUGGGCAUCUUGCUCUUCCUCCUCUUCUGCCCGCUCAUGGUGCUGCCCUGCCUGGCGCUCAUUCUGCACGUGGAGUGCCGUGCACGGCGGCGUCUGCGCUCCACCAAGCUCAACCACGUGGUCCUGGCCAUCGUCUCUGUCUUCCUGGUGUCCUCCAUCUACUUGGGGAUCGACUGGUUCCUCUUCUGGGUCUUUCAGAUCCCGGCGCCCUUCCCUGAGUAUGUCACGGACCUGUGCAUAUGCGUCAACAGCAGCGCCAAGCCCAUUGUCUACUUCCUGGCGGGACGGGACAAAUCGCAGCGGCUGUGGGAACCUCUCCGGGUGGUCUUCCAGCGGGCCCUGCGGGAUGGCGCCGAGCUGGGGGACCCGGCGGGCAGCACUCCCAACACAGUCACCAUGGAGAUGCAGUGUCCCCCUGGGAAUGCCUCCUGAGAGGCUAGGGCAUGUGGGAUGAGGCCGGGACAGGGAAUGGCCAGGGUCCUCCACAGACACUCUGGCAAAGGGCAGAAAGGAGACAAGUCCUCCGUGCUGCGUGGAAGGAGCAUGUCUCGAGCCCCGUGGGACUGCCACUCCCCAGGUUGACAACUGAGCAGCCACCUGCUGAUGAACUGUGGCCCUCUGCUCUCCCAGCCACUCAGCUUCAGUGACUUUGUACCGAAGUUGCUCACUCCCUAGGUGAUGAGGGGCCCUCCACACCCAAAGUUGAUAAGUAACUAUCGCCUGCCUCUUCAGCUGGCUGUCUUUGACUGUGACCCAGUCACAUGACCUCCCCCCCAUGACCAGCAGCCUCAGCCCUGCCGGCCUCACAGAGCAGCAUCUAAGCAAAGCAGAGAGAAUGGUGCUAUCUGGGAGAACGUCCAUCCACCUGCUUUGUGGCUGAGUCUUUCUUCAAGCAAGUAUCCGUUGCUUUGAUGAGUCCCUUGGUGACUUUAAUGGGAGAGUGUCCGGCCUUGGUGAGCCACGUGGGUUAGGAUGGACCCUUCACCAUUUUGGAGCAGCUGACUGCUUUUUCUGACUCUGCCAAAGCCAGCCCCGAGCAGACUCCCCUGCACUUGGAGGGAUCCUCCAGGUCACUGAAGCCCAUUGGGGCAGCUCCUGGAUAGAGUCCUGGGCUCCAGUGACCACCUCCACGUGCACCCUAUGCUGGCUCCCCCAGGGGCUGCUGGCACCAUCAUACCCAUCAACAUGCACAGUGGCCUGUGUAGCCAAAGCAAGUUUUAUAAAAGAUAAUAAAGUGUGUAUCAAUAAA